AUGUAUCGCCAAAUCCUCGUGCACCCUGAAGACCGCGGAUUCCAGCGAAUCUUGUGGAGACGAAAGGUGACCGAGAUACUGCGCGAACUACUCCUGAAUACGGUGACGUACGGCCUCGCGUGUUCACCGUUUCUCGCGAUCCGGUCACUUAUUCAGUUGGCUAACGACGAAAAGGCGCGAUAUCCGCAGGGCGCCGUCGCACUGCUCGAGGACCGUUACGUCGACGACGUCCAGACGGGGACGGACACAAUACCCGGCGCGAUCGCGUUGCAAACGGAACUUCGCGAACUUUGCAUGGCGGGCGGGUUUCCGCUUCGGAAGUGGUCGUCCAAUUGCGAGGAAGCUUUAGAAGGCAUUCCCCGGGAACACCGUCUGUUCCAAGAACCGCACUCUUGGCAGAACGAAAGUCAGACCACGUUAGGCCUCCUUUGGUACCCGAGCGAGGACAGCUUCGCGUUCGCGAUACACCCGCGCACGAUAACUCAGUACACGAAACGACACGUCCUCGCGGAAACCGCACGUCUCUUCGACCCACUGGGAUGGCUCGCUCCGGUCAUAAUCCGCGCCAAGAUAUUAAUUCAGUCUGCAUGGCUGCAGCAGCUGGAUUGGGAUACUCCGCUCCCUUCCGCCGACGCUCACCGCUGGGAGCUCCUCUUCAAGGAACUCCCUUUGCUCGAAGGCCUCCGCGUGAAUCGCUGGCUCGGCACUGGCACCGAGAACCAGCACUUGGAAAUACACGGCUUCGCCGACGCAUCCGAACGAGGAUAUGCCGCAGUCGUGUACCUCCGCGUCUCCUCAGACAACUUCCAGGCUGUACACAUCCUGGCCGCCAAGAGCAAAGUGGCACCGGUGAAGCAAGUGACACUGGCGCGCCUCGAACUGUGUGCCGCCGCGUCACUUUCGAAUCUCGCAAAGCACUAUCGCAACACUUUAAGUCUGUCCACAGCACCUGUCUUCCUCUGGUCAGACUCUAAGACCACACUGCAGUGGAUCCGAGGGCACUCUUCCCGCUGGAAGACCUUCGUCGCAAACCGCGUGGCUCACAUCCAGACGCAGAUUCCCGACGCUCAAUGGCGACACGUCCCAGGGCGGGACAAUCCAGCCGACUGCGCCUCAAGGGGGAUCGCACCAAGUGAGCUACUGCACCAUCCCUUGUGGUGGACGGGUCCAGCCUGGCUCCAGGAGGACCCUUCUCACUGGCCGAACGAGGACUCCGAACUACCCGCAGACCAGAUGCCCGAACAACGAGUCGUGGUGCAAGCCGCCACUGAGAAGGUUGAAGUCGAGCCUGACAUGCUACUCAGGUUCUCAUCCCUGCACCGGCUGCUGAGAGUCACGGCCUGGUGCUCUCGAUGGCGACACUCCGUCGCCCGCACGACGCUCACGCUUCAACCUGACGAGAUAGAUGAGGCACUGUUUCUGUGGCUCCGCGUGGUGCAAGGGUUGCACUACGCCGCCGAAGUCACCGUAGUCGCCUUCAACCGCACUGUACCACUGAGGAGCUCACUGGUGCACUUAAAUCCAUUCCUGGAUGACCACGGCGUGCUACGAGCAGGAGGACGCUUGAAGCACGCUCCGCUACCUCACGAUGAGAAGCACCCAAUGAUCGUCCCACCAUCUUCAUGGCUCACUCGAUUACUGAUCGACUCCUGCCACCGUCGAACGCUGCACGGGGGAGUGCAGCUCACGCUCGGGCUCCUCCGCCUUCGAUUCUGGAUCCCUCGAGGUCGGACCGUGGUCAAACAGAUGCUGCAUCGGUGCGUCACGUGCACGCAAUGGCGAGCGGCCACACCGCAGCCGCCUAUGGGAAAUCUUCCUCGAGGACGAGUCACACCAGCGCGCCCGUUCCUCCGGACCGGCUUGGACUACGCCGGCCCCAUUCUCAUCCGCACGAGCCGGGGACGAGGGCACAAGGCCCACAAGGCCUUCAUCGCCGUGUUCGUCUGCCUCAGCUCCAAGGCCGUGCAUCUCGACGUGGUCUCCGACUAUACGACGGAUGCAUUUCUGGCUGCAUUCCGUCGCUUCACAGCACGUCGAGGCCUCUGCGAGGAGAUUUACUCGGACUGUGGCACCAAUUUCGUCGGCGCUGACCGAGUUCUCCAAGAUAUGUUCCGCGCGUCAUCCGCCGACGGCCGUCACAUCGCCCAUUCUGUCACCUCCGAAGGUGUGAAAUGGCACUUUAAUCCGCCUGCCGCACCACACUUCGGCGGACUUUGGGAGGCAGCGGUGAAAUCCACGAAACAUCACCUGCGACGAGUGAUCGGAGAGAGCACACUCACUUUCGAGGAAAUGUCCACGUUCCUCGCACAAGUCGAAGCCUGCCUGAAUUCACGACCGCUGCAGGCUUUAUCUGACGACCCGGACGAUAUUUCCGCACUCACACCGGGGCAUUUCCUGAUCGGCGCCCCGCUGCUGGCCGUGCCCGAGCCUUCACUCGAGGAGACUGCCGACGACACGCUAUCCCGGUGGCAGCACAUUCAGAAAAUGCGCGAUCACUUCUGGUCUCGAUGGUCACGGGAAUAUAUCCACGGGAUGACAGCCCGGCCGAAGUGGCACAAAACCGAGGACGUCCCGGACGUGGGAGCCUUGUGCCUCGUGCGCUCCGAGAACACUCCGCCGAGUCGAUGGCCUCUCGCCCGGAUCGUGAGACUGCACCCAGGGGACGACGGCGUGGUCCGCGUUGCAAAGAUUCGGACAGCCACCUCAGAGCUCGUGCGCCCGCUGUGCAAGCUCGUGCUACUUCCCUGGAUCAAGGACCAGCCGCCGCCGACGGAUGCGUGA